AUACUCGAUUACUGGGGACCUAGCAAAAAAGUUCUGGGAGAUAUGAAUUUCUUAAGAGAUUUGAAAGAGUAUGACAAGGACAACAUUCCAGUGGCUGUUAUGCAGAAGAUUCGUAGUGAAUACUUGACAAACCCUGAGUUUGAUCCCCCUAAGGUCGCUAAAGCCUCUUCUGCAGCUGAGGGUCUGUGCAAGUGGAUAAUGGCUAUGGAAGUGUAUGACAGAGUUGCAAAGGUUGUGGCUCCUAAGAAAGCUCGCUUGGCAGAAGCACAGAAGUCCUUGGCUGAGACCAUGGAGCUUUUGAAUCAGAAGAGAGCGGAACUGGCGGAGGUAGAGCAUCACUUGGAAAAUUUAGAAAGGAUUUUUCAAGAGAAGACAGAGGAAAAGGCAGCUUUGGAAGACCAGGUGGAGCUGUGUGCUAAGAAGCUUGAAAGAGCCUCAAAACUAAUAGGAGGGCUAGGAGGAGAGAAAUCAAG